UGUCCUUUGAAAUAUAAUAUGAAACGAGUGGGCGAAGUAGAGAAACGAACGAACGACUGAACGAACUGACACGCCUCACUCGUUCAUUAGUAUGUACCCAUACAAUAUAUUAGCGAGCCGAGUCUCAGUAGAUAUAAUGUGUGUUAACUCGGCGCCUCCUUUGUUCCAACUUCCAACGUCGCAUUGCAGUGAACAAGUCGCAGUCCGCGGACUUGCAUACGUAUCAUCAACUACCUUUUAUAGUUUGUUUUGUUUCAUAAUAUCAAUAAGAGCUAAUGAUUUUAUAACAAUAAUAAAGUAAUAUCGUUACACAUUUAUAUUGUUUGUAUGAAUUUACUUAUAAAGAGUUGAUUCUUUUGUUAAUGAAGAAUUAAUUCACGUACAUGGUCACUGAAGCCAGAGGAGGUGAUAAGUACAACAUAAGCUGGUUAUAAAAUAUAGCUUAGCUUUUUUUUUUAAUUCAGAAAGCCGCUUUAUAACAACGUUACCGCGACUCUUUAAUUACUAUUAUUUUUAUGUUCUGAGUUUCUUUAAAAUGAACGAACACCUGUAACAUCUCGGACCUCGAGGGACGGAUGUUUUAUUGGCCUUGCAAAAUUAGUUUUAGUCAGAUUCGGAAACAUUACACUUUAGUUUCUUUUGUGAAACUAUUUUAUAAAAUAAGUUUGUCACUGUUAAUAAUUCCUAAAUAUUAUUAUCUCAAUUAGUGCAGUAUUGAAAGGAACACUCUGCGACUAGAUCGUAAGCGGUGCUGAGCCUGUGGGAGUUUAUAUAUAUCAGUGCAGCGAGUUCGCAUUAUUACCAUACAUAUUGAAGGUUUUUAGCGAGCGACUAUAGAGAGGCUUAGGUACUAGUCAUAACGUGAGUAGUUUAUUGUUCGAAUAUUGUUAUGAAUAUAGUGAGUGGGCGGUCGCCGUCGGGCCGGGCCGGGUGCCGCCGGAGACCUUUACCGUGAUGUCUCUCAGUUAAAUGAGUCAGACGCGACCUGGGACACAUUGGAUACAGCGUUAUGUCCUGGCUCACCUCACGCUAGACGCUACCUUCUCCAAUAUAUAAAAAAAAUAAAAAAAUCCCUGUCCUACUGGCACUUCUUGCCACUUUUAAUUAUUUCUUAUAUUUUUUUUUUAACUAACCUAACCUAACCUAACAUAAAUAUUAUUAUGAAGCAACCUUGUUAUAUAAACGUCUCCUGAACAUUAUAUUAUGUGCUCACAUUAUGAGCCAGAACAAGAACUAGGGAACAUAGCACACAAACAUACAACACUAUAUGAAGACAGAGCUUUAACCUGUUUCUGAAGAAAGAACACCUGGUAGACAAAUUACCAAACAGGAGACAGAUAGUCUACUUCAAAUACCGAAUACAAUUCAAAUUGUCACAAUAGUUAUGAUAUCCGCAGCACCAGCCAACGUCGGGAAUGACGAGCCAAACUAAUAAGCACCGCUGCGGAGCUCGUGGAGCGUCGCCCGCCCUGCGCGACUCGCUGAGACUGCUGAGAGACGCCUGGCCGGAGCCCGCCUCGCUCAGACAUCGGUACCGACAACUAGCGGUGGAUGAAGGAGCCAGCGACUCGUACGAGCGAACGUGCGUUAAGGCAGACAUGUUGAACACCCGCGGCUUGGGGGGUGUCGGGGUCGCGGGCGGAGGAGCUGCCUCGCCCGGUAUGCUGCGGAGACGAUACUCUGUGCCCGAAACGAUUAUGAGAAAGUAUCGACUAGCACAGCAGCGAUCUGAAGGAGAUAGCGAAGAUGGCGGGCGAUGGAGUGCGACGGGGAGCAGUGGACGUGGAGCAUGCGCUUGGUGCGGUUCUCGAGCAAGUGCUGCGCGCCGCGAACGGGAACAUAUGCGAAAAUCUGCUUUGCUGCGAUUGUGGGGCCGCGCCGGGGCUCCCGUAGCUCGCGCGUGUGCGUGCGCCGCCUGUGGACCAGGACCAGGUCCUCCACCUGUACCAGUCGGCACGCGUUCUCUGGACGCUUCCCACACGGAGCUCCGCACCUCCCCGCGUCGUCUUCGGUCGGACUCGCCCAAUGAGCGCCUGGUUGACUGCUCGUCCACGGUUACCAAAACAACGGUGGAUACGGCCCCGCUGAGUGAUUCAUCCGAGAAGUUGGGACACGCGACUGAUUCUCGAGUUAUCCUAUCCUCCGUCGAUAGUCGGCAGCUCAGAAUCGAUGAGUGUUCUUUUUCCGAUCAGUCAGAUCCAUUUACAAGUUCCCCGCCAACUAUGAAAGAGUAUCACACCAGGCCCUCCACAGGCGAGUUUAUUGAUGGACGAGUUAGCGAGAGAUCGGUAAACGUCGAAAACAACGACAGCAAUAUUGUUCCGUACACGCAGCCACUGUCGCUGCAGACAUCACCUUACGAUAUUUUAGAAAUUGUAGUCUCUGAAACUUUGGAGGUGCGUCCGAUUACAGUAACAAAAAAUGUUUCUCCACCCGUUUCCCCUCCACGAAUUGCCAAAAAUCAAUUGGAAAAUUCGAAAAGAGUAGGUAAUAUACCUCUGGACGAAUAUGUGUCUAAUAUGUUAAUUGAAAGUCUAAAUUCUUUGAAUGAUCAAUUAGAAUCAAUGAAUGCGUCGAUUGGAAGCGAAAGAAAAUUAAAUAUUGUAGAAAAAGAGAUAAAAGUUAAACUACAAAAUACGGGUGUGAAUACUAUAGUUCAUUUAAGCCCCACUUCCAACAAUCAAAUAAUAUUCGGCAACGAGGAGCUUUACGAAAGUAACGAAACAAGCGAUCUCUGUAAAAAUCCUCGUGACACCUACAGUAGUAACAUUCGAGAAGAAAUAGUAAGUUUGGAAUUGAAUAAUAAUUUAACUUCAGCAGAAAGUCUACAACAAGAUCAGACAAAUGAAACUAAUAAGAAACAGAUAAUCACAGAAAAAUUUCUAAAUGUUCCGACAGAAACUGUAAAUAGAGCCGUGCUUCAGCAAAUACAAAAACUUUUUAAGGAUGAACUUCAACAUCUUGAACCCGAAAUACAUGCUCCGGAAGUUCCGCUGCCUGGUGUUUCCCAUAUAGAAAUAUCAAAUGUCGACGUAUUUAUUGAUGAUAAUGGCGGAAAAUUUGAUGACAAAAAUAAAACUGAUGAGACAGAAAAUAAGGCCUUUGAAGCUCUGGGAGGUGUAGGGUCUUGUAACUACUAUCAAGAAAUAAAUCAUACUCCUGUUGUUCCUCGUUUUUCAGCCUUUCCACACACAGAAUCUAUGGAGGUAAAUACAUCUUCAUCGGAAGAUACUGAAAUUUUAGGCUCCGAAUGCACGAGUCUGGUUGAUAGUUUAGAUGAUCCCAACUCGCCACGUUCCGUACUUCUCCGAAAGUCUUUUAAUAAUAAAAGAACUGAACUCGUUCGGUCAUCUAUAGAUGUCUUAGAUUUAUUACCUGAAAAUAUGAACCAAACUGAUAAUAUUUAUCCAAAAGAAAAAGCCGAAUCUUUUUUUAUAAGAAUCAAAGAUGACGAUUGCAACUGCGAAAAAGAAAAUAUAGUUGUGGCAGAUCAUAUGCCGGAAACUAUAAAACAAAGGUUAUAUCGACGGCAUAGAAAGAGAGAGUUACGUAUGGAAUCUGCACGUCGCAGCAAAGUAAAACAACUCAAAAGAGAUCUUGAUAGCAAUUUUAUUGAAUCUCAAAAGAUGAAAAAAGAAAUAGAGAAAGAAAGUAUAAUUUUAAUUAAUGCUCUCAUUGAUGAGGUUAUUAUCAAGAUAGCGCAAGAUGAAUACAAGUGUAUGCACAUUAAAAAAAGAGCAAAUAAAUUAUCUUUAACUAAACCAGAUGAUAGUCUCUCGAAAAAACAUUGGAAAAAAGACAACGAAAACAAUAACAAAGCAGUCAAAACUAAUAUUCAGACUCGUUCACAUACGGAUGAUGUACAUGUUAACCAUCAAAGCAACGAGGCAUAUGUCCGAGGUAGACUCUCUUUACAAUCACCUUUAUCACCGGAAAAUAGCCCUCCUUCAAGAAUAUACCAGAAGUCAGAAAUACACGAUGGUAGCAAAUGUAUAGAAAUCUUAGAGAUUUUAGAAUAUGUUAAUAGUUCUCAAAAUUCCGAGACAACGAAUUCUGAUGAGAAUCAUAAUUUAGGAGUUAAAAGUAGAAAGUCCAAAAUUCCAGUACCAGUACACGAAAAGGACCAAAAAAUUUCAAGAAGUAGAACAGAGAAAGGUUGCAAGAGUAACUGUACAAGAAGGACAUCUCUUCUCUCCGAUGAGAGAAAUUGUAAGUCGAGUCAUCUUUUGGCCAACAUGUUGCUGACUACGUUUGUUGAUACAAGUGAGGGGAAUAAUAGUUCACCACAAAUCCAUCCACUUACAAGACGUGCUUCUGUACCAUGUGAAGCUAGGUCGCGUUCUAACUCUUUAAGGUUUAAAAAUGUUUUUGACAUCAUUGAAGAAGAGAAAAGUAGUCUUAGUUUUGAAUCUACUGGGGAAGAUUCAGCGUAUAACCGUCGAGCUUCUGCCCCAAGUUUUUCUCAAUUUGAUACUAACAAACAAAUUGAUAAGGAAGAAAUUCAAAAGCAAAGACAGGAAUACAAGGAACGAAGUUCGUUCCUCAAAGAAAGGCACUUUGUGGAUACUAGGAGUGCUGGAACCUCACCAAUGUUGGAUACCUGUAAGCAAAUAAACGUAGCUGCCAUGACGUCGCCCCAUCGUAAGUCGGCCAGCACUAGCCCUAUAAGAAUGGCCAGUACAGCAAGCUCUGGCGCAGGUAGCUUGCAGGCAGCAGGUGCUUCGAGAGCCCUUCAGUCUUCCUGCCCAACCGUCCCUCGCUCUCCACGAUCUCAUCUCGAGGAAGGUUCAAACGCCAGACGAAAAUCGAUUAGCACACAGCACGAACCGUCUCGUAGAUUACGAGGAGGGCACAGUGAGUCCGAUACAGCUUCUUCAGUAUUCCGUGUUAAGCGGGGAAGAAAAGUAGAUGGAAAGAAAAGAACUGACCUCUGUUCCGUGGGCAACACUAGACGAUCGUUUGAGGAUAUAGCCUCUAUAGGAGAACAAGAACGAAACAAAGAGCGCACGAAGAUAAGGGAAAUUCUUGGAGUCGAGAAAAGAAGAAAGAGUGAGGUGAAGGCAGGAACUCAAAUAGAAAAAGAGCGAAGGAGGCGAAAAGAAGCCAAGGAGAAACGUGAGGAGGAGUUAGAAGAGGAGUGGAGCUCGAGUGAGUCUAGUGGCAGUCUACUGUGUUCUCUAGCACCAGCCUGGCUAACUGCGCGCCGUCGACGCCGUCGCGCCGCUCCCUCAGGCGAGUGGGCUGUGACAGUAGCAGGUUCUUGUCCCAGUAUAUUACCUAACGACGUGGAGAUGCGUCUGAGGUUUCCGGACCGAAGGAAGGUGUCAUUGAGCUCUUCGACAAUUUCUGGACAGUCACCACAUCUCGCUCACCCCAUACAGCAGGUCCUAACACAGCAUGCUUGCCACCACGCUGUGGCGUGUGGUCCAUCGUGCUCGCGCGUGCUCGGACGUGCGGAGGACGAGGGACGAGUCAGGCUCACUCUCAAGAAGGAGGCUUCAGACUCUUCAAUAGUAGCAUCGAAGAGUAUUAAGAAGUCAUCUGAGUUGCUCCCCGACCUGCAGACCUACCGCGCCUCACGCAGUAAGACGCGUAGCUCUGUAAAGAGAAGGCGGUUGUUCCAGACGCAGCGGGGAUACUCCCUACACUGUUGGCUUCCGGAAGACGAUUCUAUGCCGAUAAGGCCGUGUAAUGGAUUGUCAGUGGAAGGCAGCGCGAUCGUCCCUCAUCGCAAGCCGCGUGCUCCUUCUAUGAGUGAGAGGGACCUCACCCGGCUCUCCUCGCAUUCUCACCGCACUCACCACCUACCGCACCUGCGCUCCUACCUACCCACAAAUUUACGAAAUAUGUUCUAAAGGCUUCACCAAAUAUUACGUUAGUGCCAUCGAUAUUUUAAAUUGAUUAGUGAUAAUUUUUUAUGUAUUAUGUAUUUACCAUCAGAUGAGACUGUAUCCUCACAGCUGAUGACCCUCAGUGAUCACCCUGAUGGUACUUAUGUUAUACCAUAUAUUGUAAUGAUUUACUGAAUUAUAGUGGUAAAACGUUUGAUAAUUUUUAAUAUUAAUUUGUGAGUUGACUCUCUGCUGCAAAUGUAAAUAGAAACUAUAAGAGGGUAGUUUGUUUUAAAACGUGUUUAAUGCAACAGUCAGUCAAUUCCCCUCGUCUGUUCGGCGCAGACUUCGUCAAGUGUGCACUAAAUUGUGAAUAUAUAUUGUGUUUCAACGAGGGCUUAUACUUUGUAAGUGAUAUUUUGUCUUUCGUCUAAUGUUCUAGCUAUUAGCAUUUCAUUAACUGAAUUAAUGACUGUUAAUUAGUAUAAUGUGAUACAGUGGAGUGACCUUGAAACUCGAUCCACAUGAAUUGUGAAAAUCAAAAAUAUAACUUUUUCAUUAAAAUACCUGAAAGCUUUUAAUAUUAAAGCCAGUGAUUAAAAGUUAAUCAAUUAUAAUAUAAAGAUUGUGACAUAAGUAUGAAUCGUUUUGUUGAGAUACCCGGAAGUCGUUGCAAAUAAAACUAAAAUUUAAACGCUAUUUAAACUAAUACUUUACAAUGAUAAGUAAACCCAAGUGACGACAUUGUUAACGAGAAUAUCUUUUUUAUGCACAUGUUAUAUUAUGUAAGUCGUUAUAUACUUUUAUAAUUCAUUGUUUAAUUUGUAUGAAAGAGUUAAUGGUUUCAUGAGGACUGUAAACAAAAUUAAUAAAAAUGUAUGUUUUA